UGGAAGGAUAGGCCAAAUACCAUCUAAAGUGGCUAUCUAGAACUCCCUCUAGUGGGUAGGCCCUUCGUCCGGCAGUGGCAUGAGCAAGAUUUUGCAGGGCCGCACAUUUGUCUCUACCCUCGAAGCAACAGGGAGCAUCGUCGCAGUUGGGGGUUGGUUCUUUUUCGAACCACGUUUAUUUACCUUUGUUUUUUUCACGGACAAUAUAGGCAUUGUCGCUGUGUAUCUCGUUACACGUGCACAUUAUCCACCAUCCUCACAACGCAAGAAGGCACAGAGUGGCGACGUUCCGUACAUUUCCCUGUGUGCAUAGCCUCCCCCAAACUCCAGUUACUUGUCUGUUUGUCCAGACUCAGGUGGCAGGCUAUAUUUAAGCCACCAAAUUCGCCUCGAAGGUAUGUAAUAGCGCUGCCUUUUAUACAGAGACCUGGGUUUUCUUGACAUCACACCAACCAGCACCCAAGAGCGACAGGCACAGGCUGGGCACGUGCACUCUCAGCCUCAGAGCAGGGGUGACCAACCUGUAACAAAACAAGACCCCUUGAGUUCUGCAAACAGCCAACUGUAUAUAUACUUUUUCGGGCACAGCACGGGAGACAUUCAGCACGGAACUUGGGAGACGCCAGUUGGCUACCCCGCUCUCUUGGAGAGCAACGGACAUCCGCGGGAGGCUCGUGUUGAGUGACACGACAAAUGCAUCACGUGGACACGAUAUAAAAAAUUAGAAGGGAAGUAUGUCGAUGGCCGGAGCUACAUCCCAGACCCUAGUGGCCUCUCCGUCCCUUCUCUUGCUGGUGCUGGUCUCCUGCCUCCCUAGAGGCAUCGUGUGUGCAGACCUCACAGGAAACGAUUGCGAGAUCCUGUGUAAAAAGAGCAACCCGUAUCCAGUCAUAUACAGCGACAAUACGUUGGCCUGCGAGUGGUUCUGUGGAACACUAACCAAACCCAUCACCAACCAGCAACGCAAUAUCACCGUGAUGAAAGGGUGCGUGUACACACAACUCAGGGCUCUGAUUCCAGAUACAAUCGCCUCCUGCUCUCCGUCGACUGAUCCUGUGAUUUUUCCCGAUCCCUUCAGCUGCAUGGAGAACACCACCCAAUACAUCAAGUCUUCGCAGGGGGACAUGACAGUUCCCAUAGAUUGUGUGCGGGGUUGCAUUCAGUCGAACAUCACGGCAUUGUUAGUGGUGGGGGGCACAUUGAAAGACAUCCCAAGUCUCCCGAUUGCUCAACAGUGUUCGUGGACGUGCCUUCUCAAAAUGCUUCAGAACGGCAACAUCACUGAAGCUCGCAACGUGGUUUUCACACCAGAGUUCUCCGACUCAAGCACGGUAAAUAAAUUCAUCUGUAACUACUCAAAUGCACUUCCCUUGGAUUCCGCCACAGCAAACAAGGCCCGCUUUUCUGCAAACCUGACGUGGCUGUGUCUGAUGAAGAAUCGCCCCACUGAUGGCAGCGACUUAGUCAUUGAGCAAGACCUUUGGUUGCUUGUGGACACUACGACCCCGUCUCUCAGGAAUGUCGUCGUCAACGGGGCCUUGGAGGUCCUUCCGGGCAGCACGCUGAGAGCAGCGCACAUCACUGUGCAGGGUAGGAUGCUGAUAUCGCGUAGGACGGAGUUUCAACAAGGAAUAACACGUAUCAUCCUGACCGGCAGCUCUGACCCUUUUGGUCGUGGCCUAGCUAUAUUCGGAAGCUUGGCACUGGAAGGAAGCGGCAGAUCCUACAAGGGGAAACUGGCAGCCACGGCCCCCGCCGGAACCACAACGAUCACACUCCUUGACAACAACAAUUUGCAGGAGAAGGACGAGAUUCUCAUCACCGCGAGCGGGUUCAGCUUCCAGGAGAAUGAGGUGCGUACGGUUGCCUUGGUUGAAAAGAGCAAGAUCACCCUGACGGCUGCGCUCGAAUUCUCCCACUGGGUAUCUUCUGAUGGGACUCUGGCCAGUGAUGUGGUCCUGCUGAGCCGUGAUCUUGUUGUGGAGAUGAAGUCAACGAGCGACACCUCCGGCUCUGCUCCCGCUUGGAUCUACCUUGGGAAAAACCAGACAGGUGAAGUCUCGAUACAAUACGCGGACUUUCACUUCCCGAGCGAGCUCUCCGCAGGCGCUGUCCAGCCAUUCUCCCUCUUCGCCAGCGAAAAUGUGACGAAGGCGAACAUCAAAUUCAGUGUUUUCCGUGGUGGUUUUGGGCCCUCCAUCAAGAUUGCUGGCACGAACAACGUUCUGGAAAACUGCGUGGUCUUUGACACCAGCGGAUCAGGGAUUGUGGUGACGGGACAAUCAAAUACGAUUACGUCUAACCUGGUGACCACGUCGGCUUCCGACUAUGGAGUGACUGCAGAUUACCUGCCUGCGGCCAUCGAGGUCGUGGACAUGACGAACGGACUCGCGGAAAACGUGGUGGCUGGAUUUAAGUACAUCGCCUACCGAUUAAAUGGAUCCAAUUUAGCAAAGAAUGCGAACGAGGCUCACUCGGGGCUCUACGGAGUUUACGUGACCGGUAACUUUGACACAGACGUCAUCGUGAGGGAAUUCCUCGUGUGGAAGAGCUGGAACUACGGUGUCUAUAUCCAGGUCAACACCAACGUGACGGUGACCAACGUGACUUUGGCCGACAACGGAGUGGGCGUCUUUGCCAUGGUCUACACGGCGUUCAACACCUCCACCUUCCUCAACAAGUUCAUCACCAUCAGUGCAAGCACCAUCAUCGGCGCCAGCUCCGACGACACCUGCGGCAACGUCGCGCCACAGAACAGCUACACCGCCGGCAAGCUCAAUGCCCUCCCCGUGCCCGAUGGCCGAGUCGGUGUCCUGUGGCCGAUCUUCACAUCCAACCGUAACAAGGCCCCUGCCCAGGGCCACCACGCCGUACCAACCAACUACAGUGUCUUGAAUGGCCAGACCAACAUCGACACCGUGACAUUCAUGAACUUCGUCAGCACCUGCCAAGGCAAUAAAAAAGGCUCUGCUGCGAUUGCCACAAACGGCCUGUCUGAGGACUUCCAGCACCCGAUCGUCAUCAAGGGCUCCAAGCUCCAAAACGUGAACGAUGAAAGCAAGAUCUACAUGCACAUGGCCAAGAAAAACGUCGCAUUGGGAUGUCUAAACGCGGCGUGUGAUGGGAAGAGAACGGCGCUGCUCACCGACACAGACGGAUCCUUUCUGGGCACGAAAGGCACCGCUGUGCCCACCGCCGACAAUCUGUGGGGCGAUCCCUCCCUGGGCAUCGGGGACAAUUGGGUGCCUAAGAUUGCGCUCACAUGGCCCAACGACUCCACGUCAACGCUCGCCAGCGUCGCUUCCAAAAAAGGCGUGUUUGUGGACGGCUGCAAGAACAUGGGCACGUGGUGGAAUUGCGGCGGCGUGGAGCACGCCGUGCUGGCCAUGCAGAGCAUGGACGCCGACUUCACGUCGCGCCCAUUCUCCCCGGCAGCACUACUCAGCCCCGACUAUGUCAACGUCCUCAACGGGCCCCCGCUGCACGCGAUGGAAUCCUGCCCCAAGGACGGCCCGUGUUCCCAGACCGCCAGCGUGUUCCACGGCAUCGUGAACACGGCGAACUGCCACAGAGUGUACUUCCUACGAUACCCUCCGCACACCUUCCGCCUCGCGCUGCUCUCCGGCAAGCCCGACACGAAGUUCAAAGUGGGCCUCUUCUACCCAAAGGAUUUGCGCUUCAGGGUGAGCGUGAACCAUGGAACAUGGACAUCCACCACUGUGGGAAAUAACAUUUCCUGUUUGGACGCCGAACAGGGUUUCAACAACUACUACCGCAUCCUCUACCUGAACCUCCACGCCGGCGAUCUGGUGGAUGUGCAAAUCAGCAACACCGCCGGAAUCUCCUUCACGGCCCGCAACACGACUGACGCGAAUGCCCCCACCACCGCCAAAAUUCGCAGAAGCGUGGCGGCCAAAACCAACUCGAGCGAAGACAAAAUUGAAGUGAUCAUCGAAAAGCCUCAGGCUCAUCAGCGAAAGCGCCGAAGUACAACCGACGAUCUGGACCCCAUCAUUUACAUCGCAAUCAUCGCCGACAUCAACAACGGGAACCUGGACGAUGCCGCCUUGAACAUUAAUUCCAAAGCAGAUUUCGACGCGUACAUCCUCGCCAGUAACCUCAGAGACAAGCUUACGGCCAGUGUGCUGAGUGGGCAACUGUCGGCUGACCUCGGCUUUGACCUCUCCAACAUAAGCGUGGUUGAUCCCCUGCCUGCUGUGGGCUCUCAAGACUGGACUGAGGUCACAUAUACGGACGUGAUUUUUGAGUCGCCGUACAUGUCAUCCCUCUACGGCCUCAGGAUCUUCUCGUUCCCAAAGAAGAUGCUCGCCAGGAAGUCUUUCGUGGUCAUGGUUCAGGCCAUCGACAAAAACAGCUUGUGCGUGAACGUGGGCGGGACAUCCUGGACACUCACCGUCAUUCUCAAGGAUGCCAGGGGAAAGCCGGCAGAACUACUCCGUGGUCACCCGACCAUCAACUUCAGAGGCUGCUGGGGAAACUACACUGACUUGCAGAUCACAACCACAGGCGCUGGCUUUGUGAUGCAGUUUAUUAUCAACCAGAACACCCAGUACCAGGUGAGUACCAACCCCUUCUCGGUGGAGGAGGAGCGUGCCUCGCUUGCCAAGAAUGUGCUGUCGAUCAUCGUGGGCGGCAUCCUCGGGGCGUUGGUGUUCAUAGCCGUGGGCACUGGAGGCUUCUUCUGUCACAAAAAAAGAAACAUACAAGAAAUCGACAAACCACCCAUGAUGUGAUGCUGCGGAAGCAAUGCUGCUACGCAGACAUACCAAGCCUCUUUGCUAUUCGCUGUGUGACACUCCGCAACCACAAAAUAUCAACUUCAUUAUUUUCGUUUCCACAUUUUUCAGUUAUCAGAGCAGAGGGGUUGUGUGAUAUGGUCAUCGAACGGAGGCAUGCUUUGACAACUAAAUGUAUCUUUACGAUCGCCGUUUUUUCUUACUGAUGUAAUGCUUGCAUGCCGUUACAUCGACAUGUUUGUGAGGCUAUUUUAACGACUGAUAAUUAAUGCAGCGGGCACACAUCAUCUCUUGAUUCCAAUGCAGGAGAAUCUUGAGAAGCCUUUGUCGAUGCUGAUACUCCGUAUAGGCAGUUGGUGCACAGGCACAAAUAACAACAACAACGAAAACUCGUCGCAUUCGUCGGAAACACUGUGCCCUCUAACGAAAAAAAGUGUACAAUAGACGACAAUUCGGGCAGUGGCCAUUCAUCACAGCACAUAGUGAAACCUCUCUACGCACUGUGAAGAAGGGAACUGUUAUUGAUGCAAUGCGUUAAGUUUUUGGAUUAUCUUGAGAUGCAUUGAGGUACUGUGUGAAUCAAACGUGUCAUUUGUGCCUGUAAGUGCUUUCACAUCAGGGGUGGGGAAGCCGACGGGACUUCAAUCCACAUGGUCAGUGGCCACAUGCAGCGAACCACAUCGCAAGGGCCCAGGACUGAUAUCUUUUUUUUUUGGUCCCUGCGAGCAUCUUAAAUGCACAUUUUGGGUGUUUGAGGGGAAUAUUUUAAAAUCUGGCAACAACGCCGCAUUUCUCUUUAACGAUAUUCUAAAAUCACCUCAGGGGGCCUCUUGCAGUGGCAGAAGAGACUUAAGGUGUGUGUUAUGGGGAGCCGGUGGCUACGAACCCAUCGCCACGAGUUCAAUUCCUGCUCACGGCCAACACCGGCGAUGAUUAUCUGAACUAGUCAUGGGCCUCCCCGAGAUCAACUCGGCCUCAAAUGACUACCUUGGUGCAGUGUGUGAACAUCGCCACCGGGGAGAGAAAGGCGGCCGGGCUUGGUGCUGGUCAACCACCUCCUGGUGUGCCGUGACAGCCUACAAAAGGUGCUCGCUAACAGCCCUCGCCCCAGUUGUCUGUUAUGAUUUAUACGGGGGAUCUUUGUCUCGUGUUAAUGUGUGGCUGGUUGCCCACCAAAGGUGUUUGUUUGCAAGUCCUAUUCGGCCCUCGGUCAGUAUAAAAAGCUUCCCCGCCCCUGGCUGACGUGAACACGACGCAGAUAUGGAUUUUUGAGCAUUCAUGCACGAGCACUCGUGUACUCUUGUGCACUGUUUCAUCCACAUCCACAGAAGCUUCCUUUCUUCCACAAACACGUGGAAUGGUACUUAAGAGGAGAUAUAUGGAUUGUAUGCACUCUGCAGAGCAUAUACCAUAUGUACGCAUGAAAUACAAUUUAUAUUAUAAUUAGUUAUUGCAGUCUGAAUUUUAAAAACAUGUCUUUAAAAAUAUAUUGCAUCUUAUGUAUCGUGUAAUUUGAUUAUACAAUGCAUACUAUCCUUAGUAACGUUUAUUGUGUUCAUUUAUAAGGAACUUAGAGGGCAGGCCGUCCUAUCAAUGGGGUUACAAUGACACUCACCUGACACUUAAACCCUUAUCGGAUGUUCAUCCACUCACCUUACACUGCUCACCAGUCAUCAGCUCACCUGGACAUCACCACUUACCAGCUUAUACAAGACGGUGAAGAUGUUCGUGGAGAUUCAAUGACUUAUCGACAACCCCACAAUGCCCCAACUCCACAUUGCCACGCGCCUAUUCGUAGUAGGAUUUGGAAAUGGGGAUUGCUGCACCUGAAGAGGAGACUUGGACUGGUGGUAUUUCAACUUCUUUGUUUCUGUUGUCACCGCUCGUACACCACAGCAACACUAAUCAUCCAACCAACACCAUUCCCUCGUUCCACAGUCCCUUUUAAAUGUCUUCUCCGCCCUUCUCCACCAAUGACCCUUCUCCCAUAUCUCCCUCUUCCACGAUCUGCUCUGCGCACCAAUCCCAUCAGCGUGUCAUCCACCCUACCCAUCGGAUUGCGCGCCGUGCACGUCAGUGCUCACACCCCUGAUCUAUUCCUUUGCCUGAGCGUGCCGCGUGUGUGUCAAGACGUGAAUUACCCCUGGCCUCCGACCCUUUCCAGGUGCAUCAACCCGUGAUGUGUGUGUGGCGUGUGAUGUCGAGUUCGGAAGGUAUUGCGUGUUGUUUGCGUGGUUGCGGGUAUGUUAGGAUGGGUGAGACAUCCUCUACACACGCAUUGCUGCCGUUGUAAAUAAUAUAAUGGAUCAGCAGUGUUGGAGCCGAUAAGCUGAAUUGAAAGGUCACAGGUUAUUUUACAUUUGCAUUAAUUAGACCGUCACAUAAGCUACAUAUCGCAGGCAAUUGAAUGACUCGUUUAUUGAAGUCUGUGGAGCGGUCUAGGAGGCCUUCUCCAGACUUUCACAGAUUAGUUGCUGAUUGUAGUAGAGUGGAGUAAGAGGCCUACGUGUGGUAAAAUGCCUUUUUUGGUCCUGGUAUUCACGUGUGGUUCUCCGUCGAGUUGCAGGUAACCUCUCAACGAGGGCGCCAAUCUGCACCUCAACCUAAUAAUGGCUGAUCACACAAUUUCUGACAGCACCAGGACAACACGUGGCCUUUAACCCCACGUAGGUCUCUUACCCCCCCCACCUUACCCUCCAUAGAGUCAAUCAAUAUGUCAUCGGGGCCAGAGCCGUUGAUGCCACCGUGCCUCGCCAAUGCUUUCUUAUUACCCCAUCCCAGAUCCUGCAGCUGGGACCUCCCAAGAUCUCCCCUAACAAUUAUCCCACCAUCUUCAUCUUGGUCGCUGAACGCGUGGAGUCGACCAUUCCAAUGCCUGUCUUAGUAGUCAGCCCUCCUUACAUCUUACACACACGUGGGCCCACCCAGUGCAAUAUUUGGUUGCCUCAUCAUAUCUACAAUACUUACCUGGUAUGCCCUCCUGUCUUGCUAGACAUUUGUAUCAUUUAUUUCAGACACGUUUGUCCAAAUACCAACUAUUUUUUUUUACUUUCACAGCACUCGCAUCUCAAAUAACCUUUUCUUUAAACUAAUAGUUACCACCCGAUAUUAGGAAGCCACUGUAGCUAUGCACUUUUUAAUCUAUAUUGAAAACUCAUUUCUUUAGAACUUUCCUAUCUCCCACACCUCCGAUGAGCAAGGUUGGCUAUGUACGAUGCGAAAUAAGUUCAACAUACAUAACAUCUGAUCCAAAGUGUGCUUUCCAGAGUCCAUGAAAAAAAUCUGCCCUACUUGGCAUCCUUCUCACAGCCACCUGCAUUACCCACCUUAACCAUUUCCUAUCGGGACUUGCGAUCCUACCACAACAGCCCUGUGCCCUAACUUUGUGUGAAGAAAGUUGAUCUCAAGUCGUCAGUGCCUGGCCUCAGUGCCUAAGACCGCCAACAACUGCACGGCUCCAAACAAAGUCCUCGGCAACAAAGCUGCGUCACCUGCAUACUCCAAGUCCCGCACAUUCAUCUCAUCUGUAUUGUUGCUAACUGGGUGUUCUUUACUGUGCUAACCCCAUUCACAGUGUUAGUGAUUAGACAGUCAAGCACAACAUUACACAUGGGAGAAAUGCAUAUGACAUUCUGUCCGUGCACAGGCCUGAGUUCCGUCAUACACGUUUUUAAGCAGUCCGCUUAUUUUAUCUGGGAUGGCAUAACAGCCCAGAUCUUUACCGUUAGAAAUGCAGCUUGGUAUUCGUACGUUGAUUAAUUAUAAAAGAACAUAUUCUGAUCCCGAGAUGCUUAAAAUAUGUUGUGUUUAAUCUACGAUUAAGUGGGAAUAUAACGUUUAAAUUAAGGAUGCAUAAUACGAUCAAUGUAUGGCACACAAAACAAACAAGGGCAUGGGUUUGCCAACUGUUCAAACCACAAAAAGGUGACAUAAAUUGAUUUAGUUUGAUCAACAAGAGUGUAGCUGAGUAGUACAUGUCAGCAUAAUUACAUAGACAAUGUGAACAUUAAAACAGACUGGUAUGAUAAUACAUUACUGAGCAGAUAAAAAGUGUGCAAUUUGUUGUAAAGCAAUACUCAUCUCUUGAAAAGGCAUUGCCAAUUUAUAAUGUUCAGUUAAAAGCCAAUACAAUUAUUCAUCCGAGUGGGUUUCUUCAUUCAUAUUUGACUAUACCCUAAUACACAUUUCACAUUUUAAAAGACUGUAACCAUCUCAAGAUUGCUGGCAUCACUAAUCGGAUUUUGCAAGUCUAAAUAAAGAUUGUGAUUCAAGAUCGAAGCGUAAUCGCGGUCCAAAGCUGUUGAUACCACUACGCCUCGCCAGCGCUCCUUGGCCUCCUUCCGCCAGAUCCCACAACCGCCGCAGUCGACACGCGGGGACCUCCAAGAUCUGCCUCGACUGGUUCCCACCCAUCUGCCUCUUUCGUCUUCCCUUUGGUCGCCGGUCUCAGGCAGACCACUCCACUUCCAAUCUCGGCGAUCGGCCAUCCCAACAAACCCUGGACAUGUCCCAACCGGUCCUUUUUGUUUGUUCCCUAAUCAUCUGCGAUAAAAUGCCGUGUGAUUUUAUACAUCGUCGUAGGUAACUGCGUGGAUUUAUUUUGCAUGAAUUUGAAGUGCAACCUGCAUGCUUUUAUCACUCGGAGGGAAUAAGUCCCAGGGAUUGAUCAGAGGAUUUGAAUCAGGAUGGGAAUGCGCGCAAGUGGUUUGGGACACAGGAUAUUAAAUAUGGAUUUAAAGCUUUCGUGACUGCAAGGAUCCAUACUCUUUGGUUCUAUUGGGUAAAGUCACGUAGGUAAAAAAAAA